AUGGAUAGAGAAAGAAUAUUUAAUUAAAAAAUAAUUCUAACUUACCAACAUAAUCAAAUAAAACUAAAAGACAAUUGGAUUAACAAACUUAAUACAUUAAAUUUAUUUAUUUUUAUUAAAUUAGAAAGUUUAAGACUUAAAGAAGCUACAUUAAUUUGUAUUUAAUUAGUGUUUCCAUCAACAAAAGUGUAAAACUUGCUUAGAAUAAAGAAUUUUUAAUUAUAAAUAAUAAAUUAUAACAUAGCAUUCCUAAUUUAAUGA